AAUGUAGUUCCUGAAAAUCAUGUAAUCAUGUGAUCAUGUGCCUACGGUAGGAAUAAUAUAGUACUUCUUUUAUGUCAAAUACAAAUAGAGGCCGUUCAAGCAUAUUCUCGACAUUUCUCGUCGAACCGUCAUCAUUUGCGCUGCCGGAAUGUCAUUGAUAUUCAAGCUCUUGUUUGUAAUACUUUCCAAACUCCCACGCUUUAUACGCGAGCGCGUCAUGCCCGACAUGCUUAUUCCUCAUAUCGUGAAUAACGCUGAUAAAGUCCAACUUGACCGCCUGGCACAUGUGUACUUUGAACAUCCCGACCUAAGCAAAUUCGACAAUUUUGCCGCCGACUUCGGCUUUAUUCAGGCUGGAACAUCCCCAGAACGUAUAUACUAUCGCGGGUACGGCAAGGACCCGUACGUGUACGUCGCUAUACAGAGCAAAGACGGCAAACCCAGGUUCCGUGGGCCAGCAUUCGUCGCUCGCUCUGAAAAGGAGUUUCGAAAGGCUGCCAAGUUGCCUGGUGCUAUUGUGAGCAGCCUGGAUGAUGCACCAGGUGGCGGGGAAAUGAUACGUUUCACUCGUCCCGACGAUACCUUCUUCCACAUCGUCUAUGGUCAACAGGAGCAUACCAUUGAACCCCGAGAACCAACUGCUACCCAUGAGCAGCAGGGGCCAUUCAAUAAACCAUUCCAUAAAGAAAGAUUGGGAAAGUUCCAGAGAUAUCAUACGGGCCCAGCGCUUGUUCACAAGAUUGGUCACUUUGGCUAUGUUGUCCCUGAUUUUGACAACGAGCUUGAAUGGUAUACAAGCAAUUUCAACUUUGUUCCUUCAGAUGUUCUCUACCAUUGGGACUUCUCAAAUAUGGAUGUCAUGACCUUUAUGCACUUGGAUCUUGGCAAGGAGUAUUCGGAUCAUCAUGUUUUCUUCAUGCAGCGAGCGGAACCGCAUGUGAAGAAAACCUUUGUUCACCAUACAUCAUACGAAGUCGCGGAUUUCGACACACAAUUGAUUGGACACGAUUGGUUGGCAAAACAAGGUUGGAAGAGUAUUUGGGGCGUCGGCCGACAUGUGUUAGGGAGUCAGAUAUUCGAUUAUUGGGCGGACCCGAGCGGAUUCAAGAUUGAACAUUACGCAGACGGUGAUGUGGUGAAUGAAGAUACACCUACCCAGCGGGAUGUUGUGGGGCCGUUCUCAGUAUGGGGACCAGAGAUCCCGAAAGAUUUCGGAGACAAGGGAACGUGAGGCUUUUUAGAUAGACUAUUUGUGACACACUUUUACCUCUCAGUACGCAGGGACACUUGGAAGGAGGCUUUUCUCAAGUAUCAGAUUCCAAAUUCAACAGGUGAUACACAGUAUUUCGCAUUAUUUACGGCGUUCGUUUUUAAGAUAAUCAC